UUUAUAUUCCGUUUUCUUCUAUGAACGUGGUCGAGCUCGUCCACUCAAAGACCGCUUCAACUGGACAGGAUGCCGUGCCCGUCAAUGGUAGUUUGAAGAAGCAAGGCCGAGAAAUGGGUCGAAUUUCGGCUCCAUCUGACGCACCAAUCAAAUCGGAGGACGAAUCCUUGGAAGCGUUGUGGCCGGAGCAACAAGAAGGCGUUCCGUUGAAACAACGUCUGAAAUUGCUUCUGACUAGCAGUCGGACACUCAAAUCCGAAGCAGAAAUUGCUGUUGUUUCCGAGCCCCCACAUAAUAUUUAUGCUCGAAGCUACAGCAACCAUUUCUACUCACAGGAGGAGAAGGUUGGCUGUUUGGAAGUUCAGCAAAAUGAUACUGGCAAAGGAGAUGAGAGCAUGUGCCAGUUGAUUGCUGAUAAUAAUAUUAUAUCAGGAAAAGUUGAUGCAGCCAAUUCACUUCAACAGAUGUCUCCAUCACACCUUGCCGUUAUAACAAAGGUUUCUGAUGCCAAUUUACGGAAAAAAUGCAUAAAAUUUUCAUCUGGUGCUGAUAUGGAGACACCAGAGAAGAAUGAGAUUCCUAGUGACUUUUUGGAUGAUCUGGAUUUUGUUGUACUAAAAGAGAGACAAAGAAUGCUGCUAUCUAGGAGAGCACCAUCUUUCGAAAGGAAAACUAUGGAGGAUAACUCACUAGAAAUUUCUAGCUUUUCUGAAGAUGACUUAAUCAAUGAAGGUACUGGAGUAAGAAAGGGAAAUGAUGAACCCCGUGAUAGGGACUUUCAGAUGGCUGGAGGUCAUUCUAAGACGUAUGAUUUGUUGAAUUUUAGAGAUCAUGGAUUGACUGAUUCCUGCCCGAACGAAUAUUCACUCAACCAAGCAACAUCACAGAGGGUUCAAGGAAAUGGUUUCUUAUGCUCUUUAAAGAAAGUUCUUUCUGAUCAAGGAAAUGAUUUAUUAUUAAAAAAAGUUCUUUCUGAGCAUGAAUCAAGUCAUGAAUUAGAUCUUCCUUCGGAUAGCCUUGGUACAGAUAUUGUUGAUGUGAAGGUCGAACCCUUAAGUAGCACCGAGUUAGAUACCAGAGGAAAACAUGCUACAGACAAUCCACUUUAUAUUUCCCCCUUUCCAAUUAAGGGAGAAGAAACCCCUUAUGAACUUGAUCACAAGUCGCUGCGAGAACGGUUGGAGUUAUUUUCAGGAAAUGUAAAUGCAAUUUGGUCAUCUGGAGGUGAUGCAAUAUCAGCUUCUUUGAUCAAAAUAGUGCCCCCAAUGAUUAAUCAUGCAGUACCGGACAGAGUGCAAGGAAAUGAUUUGUUAGGCUCUCUAAAGAAAGUUCAUUCUGAGCAUGAAUCAAGUCAUGAAUUAGAUCUUCCUUCAGAUAGCCUUUGUGCAGAUAUUGUUGAGGUGAAGGUCGAACCCUUGGAGAGCAUCGAGUUAGAUACCAGAGGAAAACAUGCUAAAGACAAUCCACUAUAUAAUUUUUCCCUUCCAGUUAAGAGAGAAGAAGUUCCUUAUGAUUCUAGCAUAGAUGAACUCGAUCACAUGUCUCUGCGAGAACGGUUGCAGCUAUUUUCACGAAAUGCAAAUGCAAUUUGUUCAUCUGGAGGUGAUGGGAUAGCAGUUUCUUUGAUAAAAACAGUACCCGCUAUGGUUGAACCCACACCCAUUUCAUCUGCAACUGCCAAACCAGUGAAAAUUCAAAUUUCACGAAAGCGGAGAAAGACUGCCACAGAUUCAGUUGAAUUAGCAAUGGAGGAAGACGCUCCUGGACUUCUUAAGGCACUGCUUGAGAAAGGUGUAGCGGUUCAUGAAAUUAAACUUUACGGGGAACCUGAGAGCAACGAGCCUCUGGAUGAUUUGUCUACAGAAGAUAGUUUCGCUGAGCUUGAAGAGAUUAUAAUAAAGCUGUUUUCCAGGCAUCAUUCAUUGCUUAAACUUCCUGCAAUGCAUUCUUUAAAGGGAGAGAAAGCUAGUUAUUGUCUCGCAUGUCUAUUUUCACUUGUAGAGCAGGCACAACAUUUACGGUUAAGAAAAUGGCCUGUUGAGUGGGGAUGGUGUCGAGAUCUCCAAUCAUUCAUAUUCGUUUUUGAAAGACAUAACAGGAUUGUUCUUGAACGCCCAGAGUAUGGGUAUGCAACAUAUUUCUUUGAAUUGGUUGGAUCUAUACCGAUACAAUGGCAGAUCAGGCGAUUGAUAACGGCUAUGAAGCUUACUAGCUGCAGUAGGGUCUCGUUAAUCGAGAACAGAGCAAUAUUGGUUGGGGAGGACGUUAGUGAAGGAGAAGCAAGAGUGCUGGUUGGGUACGGCUGGACCCCCAACACUGGCCUGGGAUCUAUGCUCAACUACUGUGAUAGAGUGGUUCAUGACAGAAAGCAACAGGAGAGGGAUAGCUCAGAAUGGAGGACCAAAAUUGGGAAGAUGCUCAUUGAUGGGUAUAAUCGCGGCAGAAUUGUGCCUAUAGAGCUUCCGGGGAGUCUAGCCAAGUACAAUGUUGCUGAUGACACCAAUGUGAAGCUAGAAUUAUACUAGAGUGCACAUAAAGUGAUUUAUUUUUGUAAAUACUUCAGAAUUCUUCUGAAAUGCGUAGCAUGUUUUUUUGUUAUGUCCGUGAAUAGUCAUGGACCGGGCCCGAUCCGGUUCCGGCCUAGGCCUGGCCGGACUUGGAGGUGUUGGAGUGUAGCCCGGAAUCGGCCCGGGUGUUGACCGGUACUGGUUCGGGCUGGGCCACCUGCCCGGGUACUGGGCUGGUUCGGUUCGGGCCGGGCUUUUUUUUCUUGUUUCUUAAUUAAUUCUAGAAGUGCUGCAUAUAAAAACAAACUCCAAGUGCAUUUAUUUGAAAUAUGAACUACGUUUGAGAAUUGAGAAAAAAAUUACAAUAU